GCGAGCGGAAUCGGAGUCGCGGCGCCCCCCGGCGAUCGCCGCCGGAGACGAUGGGGAUCGACGUCAACUCGAUCGCUCGGAGGGUCGAGGUCGACAAUCUCAUCCCGCUCCAUUACUACUACCGGAUCGCCGACAACCUCCUCAAGCAGGCAAAUGUGUACCGGGAGGAGAAGAAUAUCGUGGAUCUGUAUAUCAUCCUUCUGAGGUUUUCAAGUUUGGUGUCUGAAACUAUACCGUUUCAUCGAGAUUACCAGCUUCAACGUCCUAAAGAAAGAUCGACUUAUAGAAAGAAAUUGUUCCAUGUAGUAGAAGAGCUUGAAUCCUUGAAACCAGAAUUCCAUCGUCGGGUGGCUGAGUUAAAUGAAGUUGAUGCAGGGUCACAAAUGCUUGAAUUUGACAAUUCAGACAGAACUGCAUAUGCCUCGAGGACACUUCCACUGGAAUGGCCCUCCACCAGUAGGAGUUCUUACUCAAGCACAGACAAGAAGCCUGAUAGCUUGGCAUCUUCUUCUCUUUGGAAGUAUCAAAAUGACCAAACUCAGAGUUCGUUAUUGAAUACCAUGCAAGUUGACAAGCAGUUCCAGAAGCUUUCUCUUAGUCUUCCAGUUCCAAAAGAGGAAACGUUGUCUAGACACUCUAUAUUAGGCCCAAAUGGCCUUCGGGGCCAGUGGCUAGGACCCACUGCAGAGAUAAAGGUCCAAUAUCCCUGCAGUACAGACUUGAACCCUUCAGAAGAUUUGAGCCUCAAUCAUACUGGUCAAUAUGAGCACAUGGCAGUCAAAGAUACUGAUCCAGGGUCGCCUAGAUCUACAAUGGAUUCAGUGCUCUCCUUGGAUGAUGGUAGAUGGUCACGUCCUGCUGAACAGUCUUGGCCUGUAUUAGCUACAGAAGCAAUGGAAGAUCCUUUCCAGUUUGUCGGUAUCAAGCAACCUUCUCCACCGCCUGUUCUUGCUCAGGUUCGGCAGGGCGUUGCUCCUAUCCCUCCAUCUCAAGUUGCAGAUCCAAGACCUGGACCUGCAAAAUCUUUGCAGCAAAACGAAAGCUCUUAUCAACAUCUGCAUGUGCCUGUAAAUAUGAUGCAAGACUUUUUGCGAUUGGCUCAAAAAAAUACUACAAAGAACUUGGAAACUUGUGGGGUUCUUGCAGGUUCACUGAAAAACAGGGUUUUCCAUAUUACUACUCUAAUUAUUCCAAAGCAAGAGUCUACUUCAGAUAUGUGUCAGACAUUGAAUGAAGAAGAAAUAUUUGAAGUUCAGGACCGAUUAUCACUCUUCCCUCUUGGAUGGAUUCAUACGCAUCCAUCUCAGACCUGCUUCAUGUCAUCAGUGGAUCUGCACACACAUUAUUCAUAUCAGAUUAUGUUGCCUGAGGCAAUUGCGAUUGUAAUGGCACCUACAGACACGUCCAGUCCACAUGGAAUAUUCCAUCUUUCCGACCCGGGAGGUGUCAAUGUGAUUCGCAAUUGCCAAGAGCGCGGGUUUCACCCACACGAGGAGCCUUCGGACAGUAGCCCCAUUUACGAGCACUGUUCACAUGUCUAUAUGAAUUCUAAGUCGAAGUUUGAAGUGGUUGAUCUCCGGUGAGAUGGCAAAUAUACGGAGGAAAGGUAUACUUAAAUUAUCAAUACGUCUCCUUUUGCGAGUGAUAUUGUAAAUUCAGCUGGGGUUUUGACACCUUAUACAGGACAUGUAGAGCAUGUUCAUUUGUUUUACCAUUCCAUUUCCAUGUAUAAUUGAGGUCGAGAGCAUAAUCGGAUAAUGAAUUCGGUCGCUGGAAUUGGCCUCUCCUGGAUUUAGAAACAAAAAUCAUAUUCCUAAUAUGGUUGAAUACAUUAUUGAUGAAAA